AGGCACUCGGGCAGAGGCACAUCGGGCGGGACUCCGGGCAGAGGCACAUCGGGCAGGACCCCCGGGCAGAGGCACAUCGGGCAGGACUCCGGGCAGCGGGGGCAGGCAUCGGGCAGGACUCCGGGCAGAGGCACAUCGGGCAGGACUCCGGGCAGAGGCACAUCGGGGCAGGACUCCGGGCAGAGGCACAUCGGGCAGGACUCCGGGCAGAGGGCGGGCAGGACUCGGGCAGCAGGGCGGGCGGGCGGGACAUCGGGCCCCGGGCAGAGGCACAUCGGAUUACCAGGCGAAGCAGCAGGCAGCGGGCCCCAGGCGGAGCAGCAGGCACCGGGCCCCCGGGCGAGAGCAGCAGGCAGCGGCGCGGGCCCCGGGGGCGGGGCAACGGGCACCGGGCCCCCGGGCUGGGCAACGGGCACCGGGCCCCCGGCGGCGGGCACCGAGUCACCAGGCACGACAGUGGGCUCCGAGUCAACUGGCAUGACAGCUGGCACUGGGUCAGACAUUGGAUCGUCUGACUGGACAGCGGGCAUCGGGUCACCAGGCAUCAAGUCAUUUGGCUCGACAGCGAGCACCGCGUCAUCUGGCAAGGCAGUGGGCUCCGAGUCAACAGGCACGACAGUGGGCACCGGGUCAUCAGGUACCGGAUUGUCUGGCUCGACAGCGGGC